UCACCAUUGAUUAUUAUUAUUAAUUAGUGCCAUUAGUGGCAGUAGUAUUAGUGAUAAUGAAUUAAAACACUCUUCAGUAUAUUCUCGUAGGUUCCUGAAGCGCGCCCCCUGGUGGACGUUCCACUGAAUGACACCACAUGACACCACAUCCUCCUCACCGGACGAGUUGUCAUGGCAACUGUACAGCAUGUGCUUACAAAAACAAGAGCUUGACCGUUCACCGACACUUCUUUCGACACUCGACAUCUAACGCUGAGAGUGGGACGCCAUCUUAUUCUUCCUAUCGCAUUUAUCAGGAGACAAGAGCGGAGACACACAGAACUGAAACAGAAGGGGAAGCCGACGAAAAGGAAGCCACGAUGAGCGGAGCAAAAGCCCGCAGCAGCGACGCGCCUGUUGCUGAAAACGUCCCCGGCGGAGGGCACGGCACUGCGGCUCCUCCACGGGACCGCAAGCCUGGCGGAGGGGUUCUGAAGAGGCUGAAGUCCCGGCGCAGUCAGGUGGACAGCAGGCCAGUCACGGAGGAGGACCUGCGGACACAAAGUGGACAUAUCACCCCGGAGGAUGUGUUGGGACUGCGGGGGGCUACGAGAGGGUACCUCUGUAAACCCGAGGACAAUAUUUAUAACGUCGACUUUGUACGCUUUAAGAUCAGAGACCUGGAGACAGGCACAGUCCUGUUUGAGAUUGCCAAACCCCCCCACACAGAGGACGAUGAGGAGCACCGAGAGGCCGACGCCAGCGCAGGCCGAUUCGUACGGUACCAGUUCACUCCAGCCUUCCUGAGACUGAGGAUCGUGGGAGCUACGGUGGAAUUCACAGUUGGAAACCGGCCUUUAAACAACUUCCGCAUGAUCGAGAGGCACUACUUCCGCGACCACCUGCUGAAGAGCUUCGACUUUGACUUUGGCUUCUGUAUCCCGAACAGCCGUAACACCUGUGAGCACAUCUACGAGUUCCCUCAGCUGUCUGAGAGCCUGGUCCGUCAGAUGGUGGAGUGUCCUUAUGAGACCCGGUCAGACAGCUUCUAUUUCGUGGAGAACAGACUGGUCAUGCACAACAAGGCAGACUAUGCUUAUAACGGAGGACAGUGAUACCUGCCUGCUAUCAUGCAACAACACACACACACACACACACACACACACACACACACACACACACACACACACACACACACACACACACACACACACACACACACACACACACACACACACACACACGUGCAUGCACACACUCACACAUUAACAUAUUGUAUACCACAUGCAUGCACACAGCUGAAUACACAGUUCAUCGGCUCAUACAUGCACAAGUUCCACAGACACGGUUGAAUUGUAAGAAUGAAUUACCAUUCACUGCGAUCAUUUUCAGGGGGUGUGUUUGAUACUGCAGAAAGUCAAUAUCAGUCUCUGCUCCGACAUAUAAACAGGAAGCCUCUGUUAAAAAAAAGUUCAGUACGGGUUAAUUUAUCUGUUUUUGAUUAUGUUUCAACCAAAAGAGGACUAAUCUCUCUAGUGGCCAUGUGACAUCUGAAACCGACUGCAGGGUUAUUAGAAAGAUGGUUUAGUCUCCUCUUUUUGAAAGUGUCCUACCACCCCCUCAUCACACACAUACACACGCAUACACUCAAUCCCCAAGUGACACACAUAGUGUUUGUCAGAAGCAGCUGUUCUCAGAGCUGCCGCCUCCACAAUCCACUCCAGACAAUAUCGGGGGAGAAAGAGUGAAAGCAUCCACAAAAACACUGUCAAACACACAUGGUCACUCCUGCCAUGCCCCCCGUCUCCCUCUAUUCUCUUGCUUUCACAAACACACACACACACACACACACACACACACACACACACACACACACACACACACACACACACACACACACACACACACACACACACACACACACACACACACACACACAUUGCUAUUUUUGUUGUAUGUUUUACAGUUUUCUCUAGUUGACCAACAUGAAAAUAAAUCAGGUAACAGUGAACUGCAAUGCAACUGUAAUUUUGACUGCAACCAAACAAAAUAUUAUAACCUCACAUGAUGAACAGCAGUCAAAAAAGACAUUUAAGGUAGAAAGUUAUCAUAUCAUAAUGCAUGCCAUGAUAUAAACAAAAAAGGGAAAACGAUUGUAAAGAAUGGAAUACCAGAUAUACUGUGGACAACAAAAUAAAAUGUAAAGUAAUAUAAAAAAGGUUUGGUGACAUCAGAUAUUAUUUUUCCAUCCAUCUAAGAUUAUUAGCUGUAUUUUUUUAAUUAUUCCCUCAUCACGCACGUCUUAGAACAUCAAAUUAAUAUGGAUUAUGUCUGGAAAUGGAGUGGUCUUUUUACUAGAUAUUGUACUUCCUCUUUGUACUUUGUAAACUUUUUGGUGUUCAGGGUUAAAGGUGGUGUUUGUAAAAAUAAUAAUAUAUAUAUAUAUAUAUAGUUUGUAAAAAGUGAUCAAAGAAAAUAAAUGUACAUUUUCUGAUACAA